AUGGCGCCGGUCAUAUGGGGUCUCGACCUACGAGACAUGAAAUGGAGCAUGUUUCGCAGCGAGUGGAUGUGGAAGAACAAAGACUACCACCUCCGACGGACGAAGUUCGUCGUCUAUCAACUUGCCAUGAUCUGCAUGGUCGUUUCGGAAUCAAUAGGCACCGCUGCCCUGUCAGGUAAGCAUCCUCAGCCAGGAGGUCAUUUUGAGCCUCCAUACCGACUCUCAAACAAAGAUUAUGUCAAACAACAAUCGACAAUACAAAAACUACACUCAUCAGCAAGCGUCCACAACGACGACUUCGUCGGCAUCGCAUCGUUCAAUAUCUUCUGCGGCAUUGUCGUCGCGACCAUCUUCGGCGCGGGAUUCUUCUUCGAUCUCUUCUUCCCCGAGCGCUACGAGCCCAAGAACAUUCGAUGGGCAUGGAGACUCAGCGCCCUCUUCGUCACGCUGUGCGCCAUUGCCGAUGCUCUGGCGUUCACCGUGAUCGUGGCUACCGGCAAAGCCUGGAUCUCUGCCAACUCCCAAGACGCAGCGGAGAUUGCCCGUGAGCAUAUCAUUCCUCCUAUGGUGUACCGACACAACCAUAGAGCCAUCGCAAGUACCGUGUUCUUGUGGAUUGGCAUGGUCGCAACGGUCGCCAGCUGCAUCAUUCUCUGGAUGUACUACGCACAUCUCGAUACGUAUGGGCCCAAAUCGCGCACUGCCCGGAAGCGAGAUGAAGUUGACAAGACCACCUUGGUCAACGAAAGGGCUCAGUCUAGCAUGGAAUCACGCGAGCAGAUGAGAGAGCAAACGGUCUACAACACGACGACUGGUGGAAGCCCCCACAAGCCUUGA